AUGAAACAGGAGCAAUCUGUAACGAAAUCUCGUCGGGACAUUGCCAUCAGACCCGGGUCCGGAAUUCAAAAAAAUAAUUUCGCUUAUGCAAAACUUCCUCAGCCGUUGCGCACAGAUGAAAAGAAGCAUAUAGACUUAAUGCUUCUGAAACUUAUAGCUAAAACAUACCAGCCGUUUUCAAUUGUUGAAGAAACUGAUUUUGUAGAAUUUGUAGAGGCAUUAAAUCCUAAUUACGUUCUACCUGAGCGUAAAGUGAUAUCGGAAAAAUUAAUACCGUUUUUGUAUAAUAGAUGUUUAGAAGACUUGAAAACCACGUUGUACCAAGAAGCAAGUACAGUUUGUUUGACUAUCGAUUGUUGGACAUCUAUCAAAAUAGACUCUUUUAUAAGUAUUACUGCGCAUUUUAUAAAUAAUGACUUCGAAUUUAAAUCUUUUGUACUUAAAUGCACCCAAAUUAAUGGUGCACACACAUGUCAAAAUCUGGCUUCAAUUUUACGUGAAGCGUGUGUAGAAUGGGGUAUAACGGAAAAAAUAAACUUUUGUGUUACUGAUAACGCUUCAAAUAUUGUCGGAGCUAUAAACAUUUUAGGUUGGACUCAUUAUGGCUGCAUGGCUCACAAGCUUAAUCAAAUUUUGCACCAUUCCUUAAAAGAAUUUGACGUAACAUUAAAAAAAGUAAAAGAAAUUGUCACGUACUUCAGUUCAAGCUGCAAAGCUAAAGAAAAGCUUUUAGAGUACCAAGCCAAAGUACAAGGUUCUAGCCAACCUUUGGUAUUAAUAAAUUCAGUGCCAACAAGAUGGAAUUCGAUAUAUUUUAUGAUUGAACGCUUUGUUAAUCUUCAAGACUCAAUAAGAGCCACUACACCUAACGUAGAUGUGGAUCUACCAAUCUUAUUAAUAGAAGAGUGGACCGCACUGCGACAGCUUUGUAAAGUUUUGAAACCUUUUGAAGAGGCUACAAAAGAAUUGAGUGUAGAAAAAUAUGUUUCAGCUUCUAAAGCCAUUGCUGUCAUCAACGGGUUAAAGGACGUUCUGCUGGAGGUAAAACAAAAACCGGCAUACUAUGAUUCAAUCAAAAGUUUCAUUGAAUGCAUCGAAGAGCAAUUGGAAAUGAAAUUUAAAGGUAUUGAGUUGAAUGAAAGUUUGGCACUGUGUACUAUAUUGGACCCGAGGUACAAAAUGUCCAUGUUUCUCGACGAAGCUGCCACUGAAAGAGCAAAAUCUAGUCUGGUGAAUAAAGUUCAAGAUCUCUUAACAGACGAAAUUGGAUCACCAUCUGAACUGCCGGUGAAACCAGUACUUGAAGCUUCUAUAAGCCGGGCGGACGAUGAAAAUAUAAGUUUGUGGCGAAAACGCAAUUUAAUUAUAAAAAAACGUAGGAUUAAUCCCACCAGAAAUCUUCUACAGCUCGCACAACAGGAAGUAGACACAUACCUACAAGAUGAGUUUGCACAAAACAACUGUGACCCUUGUUUUUGGUGGCGUUCUGGUCAAUAUAAAUAUCCGCACCUGGCUAAACUUUUUAAAAAGAAUUCCAAUAUAGUCGCGAGUUCAGUACCCAGCGAAAGACUUUUUUCAAAAGCAGGCUAUACAUUGUCGGAGAGGAGGACCCGUCUUUCUGCUAGAAAGACAGAACAACUGGUGUUUCUGAACACCAAUUUAAAAAGUUGCGACUAUAAAAAUCUGAUGCCUUAA